AUGAACUCUUCCUUUAAUCUCUCAUCAGUGACUGUGACUCAAAACCUCAAACUCAUUAGGUUUCAUCAGUACCCACAAAACUCUGAUUCAGAGAUGAACACAGAAACCAUUUCUCAAUCUGACUUCGCCGUUCUUGAAUCCAUAAGAGACCAUCUUCUCAACGAUUCUGAGUUUUCCGAUGAUUUUCCGACGGCAAAUUCAUGCAAUACUGCACCAUUUGAUGACCCAAUUUCAAGAUUGAGCAGUGAAAUUUUAACUGGGAGUUGGGUAGUAGAGGAAACACAGCUUAAUGUGAAUCAUCAUUCCCAAAAAAUGGUAGAAGAGUUGGUGGUGGCGCGUGGCUAUCGCGCGCCACCGCAAUGGACGAGGUAUAGAGGAGUGAGGCGGCGACCAUGGGGGAAGUUUGCGGCGGAGAUAAGGAGCCCGGCGAAGAAAGGAGCGAGAGUGUGGCUUGGGACGUACGAGACGCCUGAGGAUGCUGCAUUGGCUUAUGACCGAGCAGCUUUUAAACUGCGUGGCUCGCGGGCUUUGCUUAAUUUUCCACAUCUGAACGGAGCCAAGAUGUCUGAGCCGGUGAGGGUGACGUCACGGAGGCGGGCACCGGAGUCUCUGUCAGGUUUGUCCUCGUCGGAAAGUGGGAAGAAGAGGAGGAAGACGGUGGUUGGCUUGGCGGAGAAAGCGGAGUUGGAGAGUGGAGACUCCAGUGGAGGUGUCUCAAAUGGGCAUAUUGCCAUCUGA